UGGCUCCAACUACCAGACUCCAGGUUGUAUCAAACCUGGAUCGUCUUUAGUGAUUCUCUUUGAUUUCUUCCACUAAUUCAUUUUAACUUUGAAGAAACUCCAGAAACCAGUAAAUUCCAAGAACCUAGAUCACAUAUUGAAUUAUGUGGCUCUACCCUGCACCUCAAGUUUUUCUUUGAUAUAAAUUGACGUCUUCUCCUGGGUGGACCAACACGUAUCUCACCACCAGUGACCACAAUACUGGACAAGGUGGAAAAAUGCAUGGUAUCCAGUCUCCGUUUCUUCUGCCCGUACUCACUGAAGUGUACGGUGGAGAGAAGAGGUGGGAGAGAUGCAGUGCAUUGUCUGUGAUAAACAAGAGAAAAAUGAGCUCGCGACUUAAAAUCUGCCUCCGGCUCCUCUUGUGGCUUUGCUUGGGGAAAGUGCUGCAGGAUGUUGCUGCAGGCGUGAGUCCAUCUGACUCAUCCGUCUCUGAUGCAAACCGAAUGUUCGAGAUCCUGCUGGGCGGGUUGGAGAUGGACCAGGACAACAACGUCGUCCUGCUCGACGGGGAGAUGGCGUCGAUGAGGCAGGGCCGGGCGUUCCUGUCCCGGAUCAACGACAACAUUCCCAGGGGUCGCGGCUCCAUGGUGCAGAUGCUGAGCGCGCUGCAGGGACAGAGGAGGAGGGGGCCACUGACGCAGGGCGAAUUUGAGAACGUGGUCCUGAGCAUGGUGUACUCGGCCCAGCAGGCCAGACAACAGGACGGAGAAGAGGAGCGGGAGGCCUGGGGCGAAGUGCUCCUCCAGCUCGCAAAUGUCACAGUGCAUGAACUGCGAGGAAGUUAUCUCUUGAGUUAUGCUUAAUGCGCCGCUCUGUGUGAUAUAAAGGUGUAUGCAGUCUUAAUGGGAUGUGUUUCAGAAAUAUUCGCGUAUGCGAUCAGAGGGAGUGGGAAGAAUAAAAAGGAAAGAAUAUUUGUAGUACUUUUAUAAGUCUAAUUCAGCGUAAUCAUCUUCUGUAAUCAAUUAAAAAAAACUCCAGGACAAAGUCGUUCCAUGACCACAACCAUAACAUCUUCUGGCCAUUACCUGCAUGUAUGAGUUCAGGUUAAAUACGUUUUAUACUUCACUUAUUGCGUUUGCCACUAAUAGCUAUUUUAAUACCUUCUAUUAGCUUCUAAUACAUACGUGUCCAGUAAACCAGACACUGCUUUUGCAUCGGUUUUUCUGUACUUUCCCGUCACAAAUAAACUAUAGUGAUUAUA